CGUGUUCUGCUGGCCACUCACCGCAUCCCGGUGCGGCUCUUAGGCCCACGGCGGCAUUGUUCAAAGUGCAAUUCUCCGACCCUGAAACGCACGUCAAGGCUGCCGUGCAUCUUUUCUCUGCCAGAUGUGGCCCCCAGUACCCCAUCAGACCCGCGAAUACCAGCUCCGUCAUCGACAUAAGGUUCCUCCACCACCAAGCCACCCCUCCCCAUUGGGGUGUGAUCCUCCCCAUUGCAGGCGACUCCCUGCUCUUUCGGGCGGUGUUCCAAUCGAAUAUGGGCUUCAAUGCUUCUUGGACGUCAUGAGGCGUUCGAAAUAUCUCGUAUUGGGAUCCCAAUUUACCCAGGAACCCAUCGCAGCGCCGUGCGGAAAUUGCCUCGGAUGCGUUGCAUUUUCGCACCUGAACGUGAAUGACAGAAGAGAUAUAAAAUGGCCCACGGCGCGCCCGAAGUUUCGGGGAGGAAAGAUAAAUAUAUAUAUAUAUAUAUAUAUUAAUUUCUGAAAACCAGCCUUGACACCAUCUCAUGGGAACCAAGUCACCAUGGUCAAGAGUUGGUAUAUUUACUUCCUAGCGGCGCUGCACUUCUUUGCUGCAGUGCUCGCCCACCCCAUCGAGGAGCGCGCAGCCAACUACCACGUCGCAGUCGUCGACCAGAACUCGAAGACCGUGCGCGUCUUCCCACGCAACUCCAAGAAAUGGAAUAAAGACGCCAUCUUCUGGAGCUUCACCGCCGAUACCGGGUUCUUCAACCGCAAGUGGAACAAUCUCUCCGGCGUCAAGAUCCGCAAGGUCGCCAAACACGGCUGGAUCGCCCUGGUCACCGCUUCCGGAGGAAAGGCCGGCAUCGUCAACAUCACCAAGGAGAAGCGAAAGGUCGGCCUGGACGACGUCAUGUGGCAGGCCACCCCGGGCGACAAUCCGCACUCGAUCGAGAUCGUCCCCAAGAACGGCGCCAUCGUCGUCGCGAGCUCCAAGCCAGGCAAGCUGAGCCUGUACGUGCCCACUUCCAAGGACGUCAGUGACUACAGCAAGAUCAGACACGCCAAGGACUAUUCGCUGCCUGGCGCACACGGCGUCCUCUGGGAUCCCAAUGGAGGAAAGUCCGUUGCUGCCGGAAACCUCUGGGUCCUCGGAGACGACUUCCUGUACAAGUACAAGGUCACCGGCUCGUACAAGAACACCCGCCUGAAGCGGGUCGCCAAGUACGGCCUGCCCAAGAAGGGCCUCGGACACGAUCUUCAGCCGGACUAUUCGAACAAGAAGACGCUCCUCCUGACGGAUUCAUACGCCGCGUAUGCCUUCAACACCUCGACGGGCAAGUUCAAGAUCCUGAAGAACAUGAGGAGAUUGAAGAGUCUCGUGAGACAUCGCAACGGGGAGUACAUGUGGGUCAGGGGUUACAAGGACAAGGGCGAGAUGGGACCGUAUGUUAGAUGGGGCUCGAGCGUGGGAAACCAGAAAGACGCUAGAGGCUGGAGCGACGCGCGGUUCUACAAAGCGAGAAUCUACGAUCCCGACUACGAGUGAGAGCGUGGUAAAACCCUAAUGACAUAAUUACAUCAACCCUGCUCCGUAUAUACCUACCUACCUACCUACCUACCUACCUAACGUACACACUCGUCGUGCUACGCUGGCUGAAGAAAGGGAAGAGAGAAGAACUACUUACUACCUACAUGUACAAAGUGCCAUUCUUCAUUUAUCUCGAAGCGAUAAUACCUAAAUAUGUACUCCAUACGCGGCUAUGCUCAUAUAGCAUGUUUUUUUCCUUGAGAUAGAAAUAGCUAACAAGAUACCCAUAUACUCAUAUCCAUACAACACCGCGCUUACUUUGGUUCUAUACAUAUACCCACAAAAAGCAAGAUGAGGUCAUGAUACAGGAAGGAAAAAAAAAAAA